AUGGAAUCCCAUGCAAUCCAUGCAUGUCAUACCUCGGCCACUGCUCGCGAGUGGAAACUCGCACAGACAACACAAAAAGCACUGCCCACUGGACGACCAACGCCCAUCGCGCCACGUCCUGAUCGUCUCGAUCGUCCUACCACUCGCCUAGGCCCACACACCCCAUCUGACUGGCCCCAACAAUCCACUCCAAUGUCGGAACCGACCAGCCCAUGCAGUGUCGCACCCGACCCGGCCCCAGCCUGGCGCCAAUCCGAUCUGGCGAUGGAGCGCAGAGGACGCGCAGUGACGGCGUAG